AUGACGAAGACACAAGUUAACUCUUUGCCCUCGUCUAAUGAAUAUCCGGUGAGCCCAGAAAAGCUCAUUUCCAUCAUCGAAAAAUGUCUCCCCGAUACGAGUCCAUACUGUGAUGUUGCGGCCUACACGAAAUUGGUACUUGCAGAACUCGAUAAGGCCUCCUCGGUGCAUAAAUUUGUCAUUUCUGUAACAAAAAUCGACGCUGCUAAGGGUUACAAUUUCGAUCUUGGAAUCGACUCCUACGUUGGAGGAGCCUGGAACAAAGCAACAGACGGUGCAUUCACGCACGCAUUUGAGCCAAUUCCAGGAUUGCAAUACCUCAUGACAAUUGUAUGGCUAUCUAAGAAGCCCUAG